CACUCAUCCAUUAAGUGAACAGGGUGGGGCUUGAUGCGCGUGCGCGGUCUUAAUACUCCUCCCUAAACUGCCAACUCUUCGCGCAAGCGAGGUAAGAGCUCCCUGUCUGGGUUUACGCGUGCGCACUAACGAGGCUGGCCCGGAAGACCACACGCCUGCGUGGUGGAGACUACGGUGACGACACCGGGUAGGCCGUGGGCCAGUCAUGGCGGAACCCUGGUCUGGGCAGUCUUUGCAAGCUUUGCUGGCCACGCUGUUGGGCGCUCUGGGCGCUCUAGGCAGCGAGUUCUUGCGGGAGUGGGAGGCGCAGGAUAUGCGCGUAACCCUCUUCAAAUUGCUGCUGCUGUGGUUGGUGCUAAGUCUCCUGGGCAUCCAGCUGGCGUGGGGGUUCUACGGGAACACGGUAACCGGGUUGUAUCACCGCCCAGGUCUGGGCAGUCAGAAUGGAUCCACACCUGAUGGCUCCACGCAUUUCCCUUCAUGGGAAAUGGCAGCAAACGAACCUUUCAAAACCCACAGAGAAUAAAGGAAGGAAGCAGAAGGAUCGCCAAGGCCAUCACUGGGUUUGCUGAAUUCAACACUGGGUUUUGCGGCUACCCAGACCCCAAGAACUACUGUGGGAGCUCAGGGUUGGGGACAAGGAGUACUCCAGUGCUUGGAGGGCUAGGCCACCACUGCCCUUAGCCUUGCCACCUCAACAGCCCUAGGCGCUGGGAGAAUGAAUUUGCCUUUACCCUUAUGUGCGUGCCUUGAGGAAGGUAGUUGUGCUCCUCCUCACUUAGCUCAGGAGAAGCCUCUGGAUUAGGGAGGCCAAUAGUCCAUUUUUUGUCUUUGGUUUUUUCCUGUCCCUUUUUCCUAUCCCCCAGGAUGUGAUCCCAUGAAGAUUUGUCCCUCUAAGAGGAAGCCUGAGGUUUAUCAGCUCUGGGAUGUUCAUGGGAAGUCUGUUCUCCACUAAGUUUUGUGCUUCCUGAAUUUCUUUGGUUUUGAUUUGUUGCCAAGGAGCCAGGAAAUCCUGGCCUGGGCCAGGCCUUAUACUCUAUGGCUACUUAGCUGACGAUUCACAUCUAAGGCAGGGUGCCCUACUGGCCUCCUCUAGACAGAGGCACCAAACACCAUCUGCCUAGCCCAGCCAGAGCUCUCCAGGCGUUAGCCAAGCAAAGGAAAUUGUCAUUUCCCAACUGUCCUACUACUAUUCCUCUCAGUCCUUCUUAGGAGUAAGCAGGGUGCCUAAAAGAGGCAGAGCCCACCAGCUUAGCCCUUGGGGUGGCCUCCAUUACUUAAUUACCCAUGGGAUCUUGUGUUUGUAUCUUGCCCUCUACUAAGGAGGUACUAAGCAGUUAGUGCAAAAUGGUCCCAUCAUGCCCCACAGCCUCAUUUCCUAUCUGGACCUGAUACAAAGAGGAGUCCCAUCCUAAGCCUAUAUGCUCAGUUCCUUCCCACUAGCACCAUCUGAGCCUAUGGGAACCCUCAACAGUAAAAUCAGGCUUGGCAAGCCCUGCCGCCUUUACAAUGUGAGUUCCAAAGGUAUAGGUGGCAAAUGCCCAAGCAGAACACCAGUUCCUGAAAGCCUUGUGUCCCUUGAUCUGCCUUCUUCCCUGAUUGCUAUACUUCUGUCUCCCUCUGCUGGGCCAUCAGCUACCUUAGUGUCCUGGUGCAUACCUCCUUUCUGUUGGAUAUCACAUUUCCAGCUGGCUGCCUUUGCUUAGGUUGUCUUUCUGGCAGAGAUACACUGGCACAUGUUCCCACUGCAGACAUGUCUUCUAUCUGGCCAGUGAUGGUCUUUGCAGCCCCAGGCCCACCCACAAACAGAAUCAGGGUACAUUUCACCCCAUGCUUAACUGAGGACAUGGCUUAUUAAACAUGGAAAUUCA